AGCCGCCUGGAUUGGGGUGCCCGUGCUGAGCUGGUCUUGGAGUCCCGGGGGAAGCGGGCGGGGGGAUCCUUACAGUCCGCCUCCCUCAUGAACCUGGGGCUGGCGGAGUCGCCGGAGGCCCAAUUGGCACUGGAGACCGUUAUCCAGGUCCCUGAAGACUCUUCUCAUUCCCUGCAGACACUGGAGAGCAGCGUCCUGGGGCCGGGCCAGGAGAAGGGCCUGAGGGUGCACGACCCGGCCCAGGCCUCCCAACCUGCUGGCCUGCCAGUCCGAAUCAGGGAGAUCGUCACCAGCAACUUCUCCCAGCCUGAGAGCCCAGCCCCACCGCCGGCCCCAGAGAUGGCCUCGCUGUUGUCCCUGCAGGAGGAGAACCAACUGCUGCAGCAGGAGCUGUCCCGUGUGGAGGACCUGCUGGCCCAGAGCCGUGCGGAGCGUGAUGAGCUUGCUAUUAAGUACAACGCUGUCAGCGAGCGGCUGGACCAGGCCGUGCGACUGGAGUCUGGGGAGCUGGAGGUGCAGGAGCCCAGGGGGCUGGUACGGCAGAGUGUGGAGCUGCGGAGGCAGCUGCAGGAGGAGCAAGCCUCCUACCGGCGCAAGCUGCAGGCCUACCAGGAGGGUCAGCAGCGGCAGGCCCAGCUAGUGCAGCGGCUGCAGGCCAAGAUUCUGCAGUACAAGAAGAAGUGCUCUGAGCUGGAGCAGCAGCUGCUGGACAGGUCUACGGAGCUGGAGCAGCAGCGGCUGAGGGACACAGAGCACACCCAAGACCUGGAGAGCACCCUCCUCCGCCUGGAGGAGGAGCAGCAGAGGAGCGCCAGCCUGGCCCAGGUGAACGCUAUGCUGCGGGAGCAGCUAGACCAGGCAGGCUCGGCCAACAAGACUCUGAGCGAGGAUAUACGCAAGGUAACCAGCGACUGGACCCGCAGCUGCAAGGAGCUGGAGCAGCGGGAGGCAGCAUGGAGGCGAGAGGAGGAGUCCUUCAAUGCCUACUUCAGCAGCGAGCACAGCCGCCUGCUCCUGCUUUGGAGGCAGGUUGUGGGGUUCCGACGGCUGCUCGGCGAGGUGAAGAUGGGCACAGAGAGGGACCUGCUGCAGCUGGGAGGGGAGCUGGCCCGGACAUCACGGACUGUCCAGGAGGUGGGCCUGAGGCUGAGCUCAGGCCUGCAGCUGGCAGAGAGUCGGGCUGAGACGGCCCUGGAGAAGCAAGCGCUGCUGCAGGCUCAGCUGGAGGAGCAGCUGCGGGUCAAGGUGCUAGUUGAGAAGGACCUGACCCAGCUGCAGGUGCAGAGGGACAUGGACAAGGCUGACCUCAGUGCCAGAGUGACAGAGCUGGCCCUGGAGGUGGAGCGCCUUCAGAACCAGAACCUGGAGAAGGAUCAGGUCAACAAGACUCUCUCUGAGAAGCUGGAGACCCUGGAAUCCCUGCGGCUGCAGGAGCAGGCAGCCCUGGAGACAGAUGAUGGUGAGGGGCUGCAGCAGACCCUGAAGGACCUGGCACAGGCUGUCCUGUCUGACACGGAGAGCGGUGUCCAGUUGAGCGGCUCAGAGCGCACAGUAGAUGUCUCCGAUGGCAGUCUGCGGGGGCUCUCCGGCCUGCGCACCCCGUCCCCACCGCAGCGCUCCUCGCCCAGCCGCGGCCGCUCCCCACGCCGAGGCCCGUCCCCGGCCUGCUCAGACUCCUCCAUGCUUGCACUGAUCCACUCCGCCCUGCAUAAGCGCCAGCUACAGGUCCAGGACAUGCGUGGCCGCUAUGAGGCAAGCCAGGACCUGCUGGGCACCCUGCGGAAGCAGGUUAGUGACAGUGAGGGUGAGCGGCGUGCCCUAGAGGAGCAGCUGCAGCUCCUUCGGGACAAGAUGGAUGGUGCCACCCAGGCCCAAGAAGAUGCUCAGCGUGAGGCCCAGCGUCUGCAGAGCGCCAAUGACCUCCUGAGCAGGGAGAAGGGCAGCCUGGCCCACAGUCUGCAGGUGGCCCAUCAGCAGGCUGAGGACCUGCGCCAGGAGCUAGAGAAGCUACAGGUUGCUCACGAGGAGCUGAGACGCCAGCGAGACUUGCUGGAGGAAGAGCAUGAGGACACGACGCAGGACAGCAGCCGGGCACACAGGGAGCUGGAGCGCAGCCACAGACAGUUGGAGCAGCUGGAGGUGAAGCGCUCCGGGCUGGUGAAGGAGCUGGUGGAGGUGAGGGAAGCGCUGAGCUGUGCCACACUGCAACGGGACAUGCUGCAGGCUGAAAAGGCUGAGGUGGCUGAGGCACUGACCAAGGCUGAGUCCAGUCGCGUGGAGCUCGAGCUCUCCAUGACCAAGUUGAGGGCAGAGGAGGUUUCCUUGCGAGACUCCUUGUCCAAGCUUGGUGCCCUCAAUGAGAGCCUUGCCCAGGACAAGCUGGAGCUGAACCGCCUUGUUGCCCGGUUGGAGGAGGAAAAGGCAGCCCUGCUGGGUCGGCAGCAGCAGGCAGAGCACGAGGCCACUUUGGCACUGGAGGAGCAGGAGCGACUGGAGCAGCUGCGGCUGGAGCAGGAGGUGGAGCGGCAGAGCCUUGAGGGCUCCCUGCACGUGGCUGAGCAGGCCCGGGAGGCACUGGAACAGCAGCUCCCCACGCUGCGCAGGGAACGCAGCCAGCUUCAGGAGCAGCUGGCCCAGCUCUCUCGGCAGCUGAACAGUCGGGAGCAGGAGCUGGAACAGGCCCAGCGUGAGUCCCAGAGGCAGGUGGAGGCCCUGGAGCGAGCAACCAGGGAGAAGGAGGCACUGGCCAGGGAACGGGCUGGCCUGGCUGUGCAGCUGGCGGCAGCAGAGCGUGAAGGACGGACCCUAUCAGAGGAGGCCGCACACCUGCGGUUGGAGAAGGAAGCCUUGGAAAGCAGCCUAUUCGAGGUGCAGAGGCAGCUGGCCCAGCUCGAGGCCCGCCGGGAGCAGCUGGAAGCCGAUGGACAAGCCCUGCUGCUGGCCAAGGAGACUCUGACUGGGGAGCUGGCAGGCCUGCGACAGCAGGUGAUAACCACUGAAGAGAAAGCAGCUUUGGACAAGGAGCUGAUGGCCCAGAAGCUGGUGCAGGCUGAGCGGGAGGCUCAGGCCUCUCUGCGGGAGCAGCGGGCAGCCCACCAGGAAGACGUGCAGCGACUUCAGCGUGAAAAGGAGGCGGCAUGGCGCGAGCUGCAGGCGGAGCGGACCCAGCUACAGGGCCAGCUGCAGCAAGAGCGGGAGGAGUUGCUGGCAAGGAUGGAGGCUGAGAAGGAGGAGCUGAGUGAGGAGAUCGCUGCGCUGCAACAGGAGCGGGAUGAGGGCCUGCUUCUGGCCGAGAGCGAGAAGCAACAGGCCUUGUCCCUGAAGGAGUCUGAGAAGACAGCACUGUCAGAGAAGUUGAUGGGAACACGGCACAGCCUGGCUGCCAUCUCUCUGGAGAUGGAGCGGCAGAAGCGAGAUGCCCAGAGCCGGCAGGAGCAAGACCGGAGCACUGUGAACACCCUGAUGUCUGAGCUGCGGGACCUUCGGGCCCAGCUGGAGGAGGCUGCUGGGGCGCAUACCCAGGAGGUGAAAAGACUGCAUGAACAGGCCCGAGACCUGGGCCGGCAGCGGGAGGCCUGCCUGCGGGAGGCAGAAGAGCUCCGGACUCAGCUACGCCUGCUGGAGGACACCCGUGAUGGGCUGCGGCGGGAGCUGCUGGAGGCACAGCGCAAGGUGCGGGAUAGUCAGGAGGGCCAUGAGGCCCAGCGCCAGGAGGCCGGGGAGCUGCGGCGGAGCCUUAGUGAGGGUGCCAAGGAGCGCGAGGCCCUGCGGCGCUCCAAUGAGGAGCUACGGGCUGCUGUGAAGAAGGCUGAGAGCGAGCGCAUUAGCCUGAAGCUUGCCAACGAGGACAAGGAGCAAAAGCUGGCACUCCUGGAAGAGGCUCGGGCAGCUAUGGGCAAGGAGGCAGUGGAGCUGCGGGCCGGGCUGCAGGAGGUGGAACGCUCCAGGCUGGAGGCUCGGCGGGAGCUGCAGGAGCUCCGGCGGCAGAUGAAGAUGCUGGACAGUGACAACGCCAGGCUGGGCCGGGAGCUGGCAGAGCUUCAGGGCCGCCUGGCUUUGGGUGAGCGAGCUGAAAAGGAGAGCCGACGGGAGGCCCUUGGCCUCCGGCAGAGGCUGGUGAAGGGUGAGGCCAGCCUGGAGACCUUACGGCAGGAGCUCCAGGGAUCCCGGCGGAAGAUUCAGGAACAAGAGGGCGAGUUCCGGGCUCGAGAGCGAGGCCUGCAGAGCUCCCUGGAGGAGGCGCGGGGCGCUGAGAAGAAGCAGCUGGACCUCGCCCGCGGGCUGGAGCUGAAGCUGGAGGCGGCGCGGGCGGAGGCCGCGGAGCUGGGACUGCGGCUGAGCGCGGCCGAGGGCCGGGCGCAGGGCCUGGAGGCCGAGCUGGCCCGCGUGGAGGCGCAGCGGCGCGCCGCCGAGGUCCAGCUCAGCGGCCUGCGCUCCGCCCUGCGCCGGGGCCUGGGCAUCGGCCGCGCGCCCAGCCCCGCCCCGCGGCCCGCACCCGCCUCCCCCGCCCCAGACGCCCCGGCUGGAGGAAACAGGGAAGGACUCAGCAGCCCCAGCCCCUUGGAGUGCAGCCCUGGGUCCCAGCCACCGUCUCCAGGACCUGCCACCUUCCCUGCACCUCCAGACCUAGACCCAGAGGCAGUGCGGGGGGCCCUUCGAGACUUCCUGCAGGAGCUGCGGAGUGCUCAGCGAGAGCGGGAUGAACUUCGGGUCCAGACUAGUACCCUGAGUCGACAGCUGGCUGAGAUGGAGGCUGAGAGGGACAGUGCAACCUCACGGGCCAGGCAGCUGCAGAAGGCAGUGGCUGAGAGUGAGGAAGCCCGGCGCAGUGUGGACGGGCGUCUGAGCGGGGCCCAGGCGGAGCUGGCCUUGCAGGAAGAGAGUGUGCGGCGCAGCGAACGAGAGCGCAGGGCCACACUGGACCAGGUGGCUGCACUGGAGAGAAGUCUGCAGGCCACUGAGAGCCAGCUUCGGGCCAGCCAGGAGAAGGUGAGCAAAUUGAAGAGCACAGAGGUGAAGCUGGAGAGUGACAAGCGGCACCUGAAGGAGGUGCUGGACGCCUGUGAGAGCCGCACCGUCAAGCUAGAGCUGCAGCGCCGCUCUCUCGAGGGGGAGCUGCAGCGCAGCCGCCUGGGCCUGAGCGACCGCGAGGCCCAGGCCCAGGCCCUCCUGGACCGGGUGGACUCUCUGCAGAGACAGGUGGCAGACAGUGAAGUGAAGGCCGGGACCUUGCAGCUGACAGUGGAGCGGCUAAAUGGAGCCCUGGCUAAGGUGGAAGAGAGCGAAGGGGGUCUGCGGGUCAAGGUGCAGGGCCUGACAGAGGCCCUGGCCCAGAGCAAUGCCAGCCUCACCAGCAUCCAGGACAAGAACCUGCACCUGCAGAAGGCCCUGACUGCCUGCGAACAUGACCGCCAGGUGCUCCAGGGCUCGCAGGCUGGCCUGUCACCACCAGCCCUUGUUCCCCAGGAACGGCUGGACGCAGCUCGGCAAGCGUUAUCCGAAGCGCGGAAGCAGAGCAGCUCCCUGGGUGAGCAGGUGCACACGAUGCGUGGCGAGCUGGCAGACCUGGAGCUGCAGCGGGCAGAGGCUGAGGGUCAGCUGCAGCAGCUGCAGGAGGUACUGGGACAGCGGCAGGAAGGUGAGGCCGCAGCUCUGCGCACCGUGCAGAAGCUGCAGGACGAGCGGCGGCUGCUGCAGGAGCGCCUAGGCAGCAUGCAGCACGCCCUGGCACAGCUGGAAGCUGAGAAGCGUGAGGCAGAACGCUCCGCCCUGCGGCUGGACAAGGACAGAGUGGCCCUCAGGAGGACGCUGGACAAGGUGGAGCGGGAGAAGCUCCGCAGCCAUGAGGACACAGUGCGGCUGAAUGCCGAGAAGGGCCGCCUGGAUCGCACGCUCACGGGGGCUGAGCUGGAGCUGGCCGAGGCCCAGAAGCAGAUCCAGCAACUGGAGGCCCAGGUGGUGGCCCUUGAGCAGAACCAUAGUCCGGCCCAGGUGGAAGCAGAGGAGCAGCAACGGCUGGAGCUGCAGCAGGAGGUGGGGCGCCUACGCAGUGCCCAGGUGCAGACUGAGCGUGCCCACCGCCAGCGGGUACGGGGGCUGGAGGAGCAGGUGUCCACCUUGAAGGAACAGCUGCAGCAAGAGCUUCGAAGGAGCUCGGCAUCCUUUUCCCUACCCUCUGGCCCCCCAGAGAAAUGAGAGCAGCACAUGCAAGUCAGGAGUGGCCUCCUAAGCAGCACAACCCACCCGGGGCCUGGGCUGGGGGUGGAGGGCAGCUAGAGGCAGAACACCAGCUCCAGGUUACUCCUAUAGUGGUUUCUUGGUAUUGUCAGGUCACCCAUGUCAUCACAGCAUCCCUCUUCUGGGAAGAACCACUUUAGAUUGUACAAAAUCCUCUGAAAGUGGCUGAGCCAAAGCCUGGGGUCAGGGAGAGGGCCCUUGUCUCUGGCCAGCCCUAGGGCAGGGCUCAUGGAAAAGACGGGUGCCCAGCCCAGGGCAGGGGACAGAGACCCAGGUUCUAACUGGCCUCCCAGAGAUCUCUCCGCCUUAGUGCAGUGUUUUUCAGGGAAUUCCCCAGUAAACUCAGAGUCCUUGUAUUUUUGUAACUUUUUAUAAUGUUGACUGUUUAGAGCUGUUGUUUUUGUAACAAGACCCACUUUCUAGAAUUGAUUUGUCAUGGACGCUCCUUUCCUGUGCUGUUAAUGUGCCUCUUCUUAGGAGGACAAGGGAAGGAGACAGGCGGAGCCUGGGCAGGAGGAAUGCGCCCUCUGGGAUGCUGGGGAGUUCAGAGGCAGAGGCCCACAUUAGAUAAGGAGAUACUUCAAAGUGUCUGGGGUCCCAGGACCCCCAUUUAAUAGAAGGGGCUGUUGAAGCUUCGGUCUGGGAUCCAGCCUGGUGACAGCUCUCCCCAGCCAGACCUUUUCCUACCUCUUUUUCUGGUCUUCCCAGGGCCCCACUGGACAGUGGCAGAACUCCUGGACAGCACGAUGAGCCAUGGGGCCUGGGAAUGGGCACAGAGACUUGCCCUGGCUCUGCUGAGGGACUUGGGCAGAGCUGUGUCACGCUGCAGAGCCAUGGUUAGCUGUCUGUAAAAUGGGAACCUUCCUUGGGUGGGCACAAUCUGCCCUACCCUCCUCUUGAGAGUCUGGCAGCCAGAUCUGCCCAGGCUCCGCCAUGCAUGCUGCAGGCCCUUGGGUGGUCCCUUGGCAGCUCUGGGUAUAGUUUCUCUGUAAUUUGGGAACAGUAGUUGUACCAUCACAGGCCCACUAGGAGGGCUGAUUAGAGCAGUGGGCUGAGCACUACAGAGGGCUCCCUAUUUCUACCCUUAAAUGGCACCAGCCUUCUCCCUCCAAAAAAAGCCCUUCUCAGGUCUACCUUCCUUGACUUCCUGCCUUACACUUACCUCCACUGCCACACAUACGCCCUGAUGCUUCCACACGGUCAGCUUCUCAUUUUUUUCCUUUUGGCAGUACUGGGGUUUGAACUCAGUGCCUACACUUUGAGCGACUUCACUAGCCCU